CAGCCAUUAAGAGAGAUAAAUUGAAUCAUCACUCAGCGAAGAAAAAACUAAAACCCUAUCUAACUGAUCGGUGCGUCUUCAGAGUGCCCGAUCUUGUCCUUUGGAGAGAGAGGAGACGCGAUUCAAAUCUUCAUUUGUCUCUUUCUUGUUAGAUUUUUUCUGUUAUUCUUUAACGUCAUUUGGAGGCGGAAUUGAAUAAGAAAGCCAUGAGGAACAAUGAACGGAUAGCGAAUUUGGCUUUGGCAGGUUUAACUUUGGCACCCCUUGUUGUGAACGUAAACCCAAACAUAAAUGUUGUUUUGACAGCAUGUCUCGCUGUUUAUGUGGGAUGUUACCGAUCUGUCAAGCCAACUCCACCAUCAGAGACAAUGUCUAAUGAGCAUGCUAUGCGCUUUCCCUUUGUUGGGAGUGCAAUGUUGUUGUCACUGUUCUUACUCUUCAAAUUUCUUUCUAAAGACUUGGUUAACGCUGUGUUGACUUGCUACUUCUUUUUUCUGGGGAUAAUCGCUCUUUCGGCAACGAUCUUACCAGCUGUAAAAAAAUUUCUGCCAAAGCAUUGGAAUGAGGACGUUAUUGUUUGGCAUUUCCCAUAUUUCCGUUCUUUGGAGAUUGACUUCACAAGGUCUCAGAUUGUUGCAGCAAUACCUGGGACUUUUUUCUGUGCAUGGUAUGUUUCCCAGAAACAUUGGUUAGCUAACAAUGUUUUGGGCCUCGCAUUCUGUAUUCAGGGAAUUGAAAUGCUUUCCCUGGGGUCUUUCAAGACUGGUGCCAUUCUUUUGGCGGGACUUUUCGUGUAUGAUAUAUUUUGGGUUUUCUUCACUCCAGUUAUGGUUAGUGUUGCAAAAUCUUUUGAUGCUCCGAUCAAGCUUUUGUUUCCAACAGCAGAUAUUAAACGGCCAUACUCUAUGCUUGGACUUGGUGACAUUGUAAUCCCUGGUAUUUUUGUGGCACUGGCACUGCGAUUCGAUGUAUCUAGGAGAAAAGGGGGCCAGUAUUUUAAGAGUGCAUUUCUAGGAUACACGGUUGGUUUAAUCCUCACAAUUAUUGUCAUGAACUGGUUUCAAGCAGCACAGCCUGCACUUUUAUAUAUUGUACCUUGUGUAAUUGGAUUCUUGGCUGCGCAUGUCCUAUGGAAUGGCGAAGUCAAACCGUUGAUGGAGUUUGAUGAAUCAAAAACUGCUGGAACAUCUGAAGAAGGUGGUGACGCCAAAUCUAGCAAGAAGGUAGAAUGAAGUGAACACAAACCAGUUUAGUGAGAAAUACUGUAGUCGCCCUUUUGAGGAACUGAAAACCUUUCAAAGCUAACUUAUGCAACAGCAACAUUGUAACGGAUUUUGGAAUUCAGCAAGAAAUAAUAUUUCAGCCCUUUAUAUCUA